CGUCCGCGGCGGGGGCAGCGAGCGUGAGUGGACCUGCGCCCCGGCUGGUGGGGGGGGCCCGGGAUCGGGAGCGCGGCGGAUCCUUUGGGCUCCGGGCUCACGGUGGUCGUCUGGAGAGGCUGGGUGCAGGGGUACCAGUGACCGUGACCGUGACCAUGACGUCCCUACAGCUGCUCAGAGCCCCCUUGUUGUGUGGGCUGCUCUGGGCCGUUUGCACCCCAGGCGCCAGAGCUGAGGAGCCGGCAGCCAGUGUCUCUCAUUCGGGCAGCGUGGGUCUGGAUAAGAACACGGUGCACGACCAAGAGCAUAUCCUGGAACAUCUAGAAGGCGUCAUCAACAAGCCAGAGGCGGAGAUGUCACCCCAGGAACUGCAGCUGCACUAUUUCAAAAUGCAUGAUUAUGACGGCAACGGCUUGCUCGAUGGCCUAGAACUCUCCACUGCCAUCACACAUGUCCACAAGGAGGAAGGGAGCGAACAGGCACCACUAAUGAGUGAAGAUGAACUGAUUAACAUAAUCGAUGGUGUUUUGCGAGAUGAUGAUAAGAACAAUGACGGAUACAUUGACUACGCGGAAUUUGCCAAAUCCCUGCAGUAGGCUCUCGGGCUGCCUGCUAGUUUCGUGCAAAUGUGACCUGUGAAGAUGUGAUUGAACACUCUCCCUAAUGCAGAAUAACUCGCUGUCGUAGCAUUUUCGGUAAAAACUGAGAGCAAUUUGUCAUUCUUGGGUAAGAAGAGAACUCAAGAAUUUUUAAGAGAGGCAGAAUGGCAUGUUUUCUAAUCCCUCAGUGUUGUUAAAAUAGCUGAUUGGAUGUGGGCACAAUUAUAGAAUCCUUGUAAGAGUACUGUAACUGGAGCCGAGAACUGCCAGUGUCUUGAUUUUAAUAUAUGCUGCCCGAAAAGUAAGACAACAGGCCAAGUGGCCACACUCUGAAUGACCAGAGUGGAACACAGCCAAUGCC